GGGGAUGGAGAGAGCCUGCAUGCCUCAGGUCGCCUCGUUUCGCUGAUGCCGGGCUUGUCAUUUGCUGUCCGUUUUCUCCGGCCGAUCUCUGAUAGAUACUUGAUAAAUUCACAGCUGCUUGGGGGAGAAUCAUGUCGAUGACCGGAGUCCCAGUACGCCUGUGUUUUUUUUGCGAGUGUGUUCCGUGACAACUCUUGCGUCCAGUCGCCUCCGUGCCCGCUCUCCGUCCUCCCGCCUGCUCCUGGUACUGUCACAUCCGCGGCCUGACACUCGACCACAGUUUGCUCCUUGAGAAAGCGGUUUCUUCCUCCGGCUGGAGGAAGUGUGUGCGUAGGCCACGACAGAGGCUGCAAAACGUGGUGAUGCGGCACAUUCUAUGCCGACUAGCGCACAUGCUAGUUUUAUUAGGCCAUCCAUCUGCUCGUAGGCGUCUUCGUUUCCUUGUUUCUUAAACCUUACGUCAAUUCUUCGGAAGUUUUCUGCUCCGAUGGAUCUUGAGCGUGGAGCGUACGGCGCAGGCCAGAAGUUCCAGGAUUUGCAGAAAACUUCCUACUUCGCGGUCUUGGGUUUGGCUUAUCAGAGUUUUGGUGUAGUGUAUGGAGAUCUCAGUACAUCUCCGCUCUACGUAUACAAGAGCGCUUUUUCCGGUGCUCUUCGAAAGUACGAGGAGGAAGCCGUGAUCUACGGGGUUCUGUCGUUCAUAUUUUGGACUUUGACUCUGGUGCCGUUGAUCAAAUAUGUUCUCAUUGUGUUGAGCGCGGACGACAACGGAGAAGGUUGUGCGAGAAAGCGAGUGCAGUUGAUUGUAAACUUUCCGCUGCUCGGAGUUAACUUACUUCAUCAUCAUCAUUCAUACCGUCUUUCCAGGUGGCACAUUUGCGCUUUACUCAUUGUUGUGUAGGCAUGCGAAAUUGAGCUUGCUACCCAACCAACAGUCUGUUGAUGAGGAGCUUUCGAAUUAUGGACCCGAGCAAUCAUUUGUUCACAGGCCCCGAGCGGCAGCAAUGCAGGCCUUACUCGAGAAGAACAAAGUCUUGCGUACCGGGCUCUUGAUCAUUGUUCUGCUAGGAACGUGCAUGGUUAUAGGGGACGGUGUGCUCACACCUUCCAUAUCAGUUUUAUCCGCAGUCAAUGGUCUCCAGAUUGCUGCUCCAGGAAUCCAUGACAAUUGGAUGGUGUUUCUCGCUUGCAUCAUCCUGGUGUGUUUGUUCUACUUACAACACUACGGAACCCAUAAGGUGGCAUUUAUGUUCGCUCCAAUCGUGAUUACCUGGCUCCUCUGUAUUAGCGGAAUAGGAGUUUACAAUGUCAUUCACCAUCAGCCGGGUGUUUUUAGAGCCCUUUCACCGUAUUACAUGUGGAAUUUUUUCAAAGUAUGCGGCAAGGAAGGUUGGGUCGCUUUAGGAGGCGUCGCACUCUGCAUUACGGGUACGGAGGCAAUGUUCGCAGACCUGGGUCAUUUUUCGCAGCUGUCGAUCAAGAUCGCUUUCACCGGUGUCGUGUACCCCUGCCUCAUUCUUUCGUACAUGGGCCAAGCGGCUUACUUAUCAAAGCAUCCCGAGCAUAUUGGAAGGACCUUCUACAUGUCCAUACCAAAGCCCGUUUACUGGCCUGUCCUGGUAGUUGCCACGCUUGCGGCAGUUGUCGGGAGUCAAGCUGUUAUUUCCGCAACUUUUUCCAUCAUCAAACAAUGCCAGUCCCUUGGAUGCUUUCCUCGCGUGAAGGUCGUUCAUACCUCCAACCACAUCCACGGUCAAAUCUAUAUUCCAGAGAUGAAUUGGCUUCUUCUCAUUCUGAGCCUUGCAGUGACAGUUGGAUUCAAAGAUACCACCCAAAUUGGGAAUGCUUACGGGAUCGCUGUUGUUUCUGUCAUGCUCGUAACGACCUUUUUGAUGUCUUUGGUGAUUGUCAUUGUAUGGAGAAAGCACAUCCUCGUCGCAGCUGCCUUUUUCCUUGUAUUCGGUUCUAUCGAGUUACUUUACAUCUCUUCCUCUUUCAUGAAGGUUCCACAAGGGGGUUGGGUUCCUCUAGUUCUGUCAGCCGUAUUUAUGCUCGUAAUGUACUGUUGGCACUACGGCACGACGAAGAAGUACGAAUUCGACAUCCAGAACAAAGUGUCAAUGAAGUGGAUUCUCACUUUGGGGCCCAGCUUGGGUAUUGUUCGUGUUCCUGGAAUGGGACUUAUCUACACGGAGCUUGUCACAGGAGUCCCAGCUAUUUUUACCCAUUUUGUUACAAAUCUUCCAGCCUUUCACAAAGUGCUCGUCUUUGUGUGCAUUAAAUCUGUGCCAGUACCUCACGUGGAAGUGGAGCAGCGGUACCUUGUCGGGCGAAUAGGCCCCAAGGAGUACCGGAUGUAUCGUUGUAUUGUGAGGUAUGGCUACAAGGACGUCCACGAAGAAGACCACAAUUUUGAGAAGAACUUGGUUGAUAGCAUUGCGCAAUUCAUUCAAUUUGAAGGCAGCGGAGACGUCUGGUUUCCAUCCAGCAGCGAGAACUCGGCUGCAGAGGCGGAAGACACACAUAGGACGUUCACAAGUUUUGCUGCUCAUCAUGGCAUCAAAGUACUGGCCUCUGAUUGCAGCGAUACUCAUAGUUCUGGAAGUGGUACCACAACCGUGAGGUCCUUCCAGGCCCUGCAGGACCAGGUAGAUGCUGCCGCGCGCGGAAGGAAGAAGGUUCUAUUAGCUUUGCAGGACUCUGCUGACGAGGAAGGUACUGAAUCUAUCGGAAGGAAGAGGUCUUUCUCGAACUUGGAGGAACCUGACGAUCAAGAGGAGACUGAUUCUCUCGGAAGAAAGAAGUCGUUUCAGAGCUCGCAGAGUACUGUCGACGGGGAAGGAACGGAUGCGCUGGGGAGGAAGAAAAAGGUCGUGAGGUUUGAUGUGAACCCUGAAGUUGAUCCCGUGGUAGGGGAAGAGUUGGCAGAACUGUACUCGGCCAGAGAAGCGGGAGUCGCUUAUGUGCUUGGCCACUCAUACGUGAAGGCGAAGAAUGCGUCAUCUUGGUUCAAAAGGUUUGCCAUUGACUAUGCCUACAACUUUCUUAGGACAAAUUGUCGAGGUCCCGGAAUCGACCUCAGCAUACCUCAUCUUUGCCUCAUAGAGGUCGGCAUGAUUUAUUACGUUUGAGUCCUUUCUCACCCGUCUGUAGAGAAACCAUUAUUGAAACCUUGCGGGAGUUACGUCGUAGAAUAACAAUCAUGUCAUGAGCUGACAAACUAACCGGAUUUCAAUGCUCAAAAGCUACAACUGUAUAUUGCGCUGGUCAGAAAGCGCUAAACGUCAAAAUUUGAACAUAUAGACUACUGACCAGAAGAUACAUCGUCGAAGUCAGAACGAGUCUACGAGAGUAGAUAAAACUAGUGGAUCAGAACAAACAGAGCGUGAUUCGUAAAUCCACACAGAUCAGCUGAAGUUUUCACAAUACGGAACUGAAGGGCAGAGACCCAAACGGCAGACCUAGGUUUGUAAUCCGCGAGGAUGAGUUAGAAGAAUCAACGUCCAGAUUGGAAGAUUUUGUACAGUGUAAAAUGACAAAAGAUUUUGACAUUUUGUACAUUGGUCGGUUACAGUAAGGGUUACUGCUGCUAGUGUAGAUAAUUGUCUACAUCAGCAUCUGUUAGAGAGCCGGUAUUAUGCAGUCGGAACGGAGAGUGAUGUUUCUCCAAUGCUGGCUCUGUGCCGACUAUUCACUUUUGAAGGAGACAGCGCAAAUUCAUGUACUCCGCGAAGUAAAGCAUAGCAAUGGGAACCAGGUUGUCCACAGGUGUGCUCAAAGGUUGAUUGUAGUUGCUUGCACAUUGGCCAAGCAUGAUUGCAGUUUUGGCUUUUGGACCGUGUUCCAG